AUGGGGUAUUUGCAAGACCUGUCUACCUAUCUGAGUCUUUUCAUAUCUAUCUAUCUAUCUAUCGUAGUCUUUUCAUAUCGACCGAUCUCAGUCAUUUCAUUAUCUAUCUAUCUAUCUAUCUAUCGCAGUCGUUUCAUAUCGACCGAUCUCUGUCAUUUCAUUAUCUAUCUAUCUAUCUCUCGCAGUCUCUGUUCACAGCUAACACUUUAUCUAUUUAUGUUACUCUGUCCAUACAUAUCUAUGUAUCUCAGUCUGUUCAUCUAUCUAUCUAUCUAUCUAUCUAUCUAUCUAUCUAUCUAUCUAUCUAUGCCACUGCUUUCCUAUCUAUCUAUCUAUCUAUCUAUCUAUCUAUCUAUCUAUCUAUGCCACUGUUUUCCUAUCUAUCUAUCUAUCUAUCUAUCUAUCUAUCUAUCUAUCUAUCUAUCUUUCAUAUCGACCGAUCUCAGUCAUUUCAUUAUCUAUCUAUCUAUCUAUCUAUCUAUCUAUCUAUCUAUCUAUCUUUUUCCAUCUAUCUAUCUAUCUAUCUCAUCUCAUCUUCAUCUAUCUAUCCACUAUCUAUCUAUCUAUCUAUCUAUCUAUCUAUCUAUCUAUCUAUCUAUCGUAGUCUUUUCAUAUCGACCGAUCUCAGUCAUUUCAUUAUCUAUCUAUCUAUCUAUCUAUCUAUCUAUCUAUCUAUCUCAGUCGUUUCAUAUCGACCGAUCUCAGUCAUUUCAUUAUCUAUCUAUCUAUCUAUCUAUCUAUCUAUCUAUCUAUCUAUCUAUCUAUCUAUCUAUCUAUCUAUCUAUCUAUCUGUUAGCAUGCGGGCAUGACCUUGACUUCGAAUCACUGGAGUUGGGGUGUCGGAUCUGUUCAUAUAUAUUUAUUUAUCUGUCUGUUUAUAUCCUAUCUAUCUAUCUAUCUAUCUAUCUAUCUAUCUAUCUAUCUAUCUAUCUAUCUAUCUAUCAUCUGUUAUUGACAAUUAUCAAAAUAAUUAUACGUAUAAUCUAUCUAUCUAUCUAUCUAUCUAUCUAUCUAUCUAUCUAUCUAUCUAUCUAUUUAUCUAUCACAGUUGCCAUUUCUUUCUGCGGUAGACCAGUUGCCACCCAAGGCUAUAAGACACGGUCUAUCUUGCUAUUUACCCAUUGCUUGGGGGCGGGGGAGAAGAAGAGGAUUCAUACCUUUCCCAAGAGUAUUCGCACAUAA